AUGCCUAAAGAGAUGGAACAGAGCUCCAAGGAGUUCAAGGAUGUCGCGGUCCUCCAACCAACCGUCAGUGACGAAGAUCUCGGCUCAGCACAGAAUGUCGACAGCCUGCAUCGAUCACUGAACAACCGACAAAUCCAAUGGAUUGCAAUCGGUGGCUCGAUUGGCACAGCGCUCUUCGUCAGCAUCGGCUGGGGUCUUCUCGAGGGAGGACCUGGCUCUCUCUUGCUGGGUUUCAUGUUCUUCAGCUCCAUCAUUGCCGCCAUUAACAGCGGUAUCGCUGAGAUGGUCGUGUACAUGCCGGUGUCUGGUUCUUUCAUCCGGUAUGCUGGGAAAUGGGUCGACGAGGCCUUUGGCUUCAUGGCGGGCUGGAAUUUCUUCCUAUACGAAGCCAUCCUGAUUCCCUUCGAGAUCUCCGCACUCAACCUUGUCCUGAAGUUUUGGAGAGAUGACAUCCCCGUAUGGGCUGUCUGUCUCGUGUCGAUCUUCCUCUACGCCAUCAUCAACGUCUUCGCAGUGCGCUGGUACGGAGAGGCAGAAUUCUGGCUGUCAUCCGGCAAGAUCAUUCUCAUCAUCGUCUUGUUCUUCUUCACCUUCAUCACCAUGGUCGGUGGUAAUCCUCAAGGCGACGCCUACGGCUUCCGGUACUGGCGUGACCCUGGCGCUUUCGCUGAAUAUGUCACGAAGGGCUCUUUGGGCAAAUUCGAAGGCUUCCUCGGUGCCUUGUUCGUCGCUGCCUGGACCGUCUGUGGUCCCGAAUAUAUCGCCAUGGUUGCUGGUGAGGCGGUUUACCCUCGUGUAACCAUCAAGACCGCCUUCAAGACUGUGUACUGGCGAUUCGGAUGCUUCUUCAUCCUCGGAGCAUUCUGCGUCGGCAUUGUGAUCCCUUACAACGACCCGACACUAAUCCAUGUGCUGAGCAACGAAGGCACUGGCAGCGGCGCCGCCUCACCGUAUAUCAUCGCAAUGCAGAACAUGGGAAUCGGCGGCUUGCCGCAUCUCGUCAAUGCACUACUGGUGACCAGCAUCUUCUCAGCUGGAAACACGUACUGCUUCAUGGCGACUCGAUCCUUGUACAGUCUUGCGCUUGAAGGCCACGCUCCCAAGUUCCUGCGCGCAACCACCAAGAAAGGCAUUCCCCACUGGUGCUUCUGUGUCACCAUGGUGUUCCCCUUCUUGAGCUUCCUCCAGGUCAGCAGCGGUUCCGCCCAGGCGAUACGCUGGCUCGUCAACUUGGUCACCGCCUCCCAGCUCCUCAACUACGUCGUCAUGGGCACCACCUAUGUCUUCUUCUACCGCGCUUUGAAGGCUCAGGGCAUCGAUCGAAGGACCUUGCCGUAUAGAGGCUGGUUCCAACCAUAUAUCAAUAUCGUCGGCGUGGUCUUGGUGACCAUUAUCAUGUUCAUUCAGGGAUACACAGUCUUCAUCCCCAGCUGGUGGACCGUGGGCACGUUCUUCACCUACUAUACGAUGAUCUUCGUCUGCAUUCUGCUCUUCGGCGGCUGGAAGCUGGUCAAGGGGACCAAGUUCGUUAAGCCCGAGGAGGCCGAUCUAGUCUGGGAUAAGCCGGUCAUCGACGCCUACGAGGCCAGCAUCGAUCCCCCGCUCGGCCUCUGGGAAGAUAUCUGGAUCACCACUCUCACUUUCUUGAGGAUCAAGCACAGAAAAACCGAGAAGGUCGAUGCUUGA